GAGACUUCACGUGUUUCAUUUGGCUGUUCAUCCGUUUGGCGCUAACAGUUUUAUUUCGCCUUUUGGACGCCCGUACGAGAUUCCAGAGAAGCAGACGGCAGCCAUGCAAAUAGUGAGGGUAGACUGUAGCAUACCUGGCGACUCGUGCAUCUGUAACCUUGAGUCCACGAGACCGCCCAACGGACCGUUCGACGUCUGGUCGUCAGGUUCAACAUCUUACUAUGUGCAUUAUGUGGGGUCAAACAACGGUCAACCCUUGUCAUAUGCGACAACUCCUUCCUACAUGCUGGUCAUUAAGUGCACCAAUAAAGACAGGACCAACUCCAGCUUUCAGGAAUUAGAGAUCGACAUCCGGCCCAAUUCUGUGCCAGAGAUAAUCAAUCAAAAUUAUCCUCAUGACCUAAUUAAUCUGGUGGCUGCUGACGUCACAGUGCCUGGCAAGGAAGUUUACACCGUGACAGCUAGGGACCAGGACAACGACGUGCUGUCCUGUUCACUUACCAGCUCACCAGCUGUCAACUACUUUACCGUUGUCAACAGUCAGUCCACAGGAGGGACAACUGAAUGUGUAAUCAAGUCUAACCUUGACCUUCGAAGUGCGACUGAGCCGAUGGUAAGGCUAGGGGUGUCAGUAUCUGACGGACGCACUGAAGCUAACACCUUUUACAUUGACGUCAACAUAGCACUCAACACCAGACCAGAGAUUGUCAACCUGCCAACCACAGUCACACUUCCAGAGACAGCUAACAGCGGCGUUACCAUAGCAACCUUAAGUAUUGUGGAUCCAGAUGUGUUUGUGGGGAAUCUACAACCUUCAUGCACCGUUUCACCCAGCUCAGAGCAAUACAAGUUUACGUUCGACACGGGCACCAAUAGAAUUCGACUUUCUAGUUUACCAAACGGUGCCCCACCUCUUGACUUUGAGACGACAAGUCAGUACCAGAUCACGUGUCAAGUGACUGAUGGUUUUCUGACAUCGAAGGACGAGGUGGUGACUCUAGUGGUGACCAAUGUAAAUGAGUCACCAGUCUUUGAUGAGGUAGCGUAUUUCUGUGACAUGGAGGAGAGCACGUCUGGGGGAUCGUCAUGUGACUUGAGCGCCAUCAUAACGGACCCAGAAGGUGAUGUCAUAUCCUCUGUUAGCUUUCUCCCAGGAAACAACAGUCAGAGAUUCCGGUACGACCGAUCCAUGUCGACCGUGACCUUUAAUGUGGACUAUGACGUAGACCAGAACUCGAUGCCAGAGACCGUCGUUCUACAGCUGCAGGCAGUCGACGUGCUGGGCGCCUCUAGGACGGUGCCAGUCUACAUCCGGGUCCAUGACGUCAAUGACAACACUUGUGACUUUGGUUCCAGAUCGACCAACAUUUUCCACGCCGACCAGAACACACCGCUAGGAAGUCUGGGUAAUUUCAUAGCCAAGGACGAGGACAGAACUUCUCCAAAUAAUUUAGUGACAUAUGAGGUCAUAAGGGCACUUCCGGCUGACUCAUCCAAUUACAUUGCAGCUUUUCAAGACGGUUCCCUUGCUUACAUAGGAAAGAUCCCUGAGGUCAACGACGGGAAAAGCUACUCACUGGUAGUUCGGUGCAAAGAUGGCGGCUCACCACAGAGAACCUCCGAGGGCACGAUAGUGUUGACGUACCAGACGAGCACAUCAACCACCACCUCAACCAGCACCACCACGACCAGCACCAGCACAACCUCAGCAACGACCACGAGGAAAGCCCCCAGCACAGACAUCUUUGACAGCGACGCCUUCGUGGCCGUAUUCGCCAUCCUGAUGUCGUUGCUACUGCUGGGCAUGUUGACAGGGCUGUACUUCCUGCUACGUCUCUGUGGCUGUUUUAACUUAUGCACCGGUGGAUUGGGUGGAUCUGGUGGAAGACUUUGUCCAGAAGACUUCUGUUGCCCUAAGAAAAAAGUUGAGCCAGAGGAGGAAUUCUACAUCAACACUGUAGUCAGAACAAACGCCAACUACCGCGACCCAUACUGGAAGUCAGGAGACCAUUAUGAAACCGGCACCGGUUACAAUCCGGCUGACGGUGAUCAACUGACGGCUCUUGAUGGCGGCUUCAAGCGUUUGGCCCUACCCGCCCCACCUAGACACCUCGAGUUUUAAAAAAAAGCUUUCAACCAUAUUCAAUCAGUCAUGACUUUAGGUCCAGCUGUCUAUAGAAUGGUCCAUUGACUGACUUAUGGAAGGUCCCUUUUUCAUUCACCUAUUGGCUAAAUGACAGGAAAUGUCAUUCACUGAUUGACAGCAAAUGUCAUUCCCUGACUGACAGCAAAUGUCAUUCCCUGACUGACAGCAAAUGUCAUUCUCUAACUGACAGGAAAUGUCAUUCCCAGACAGACAGCGACUUAACUAACCCCAGGGCUCUACACCUGUACUGUGUAUGCCAUUGUAAGAGGCGACUCCAUAUUUCAGAACGUGUCUUGAUCAGAAGACAGAAAAUACAAAGAUACUUUAGAUGACAGAUUUACAGAAUAUUUUUUUAAUAUGUCUACAUGUGCCGGUAAUUUAAACAAUAUCUCAAAAUUCAAAAUAUGCCCAAUAUUUCAACAAGUUCUCUAAACAUUAACAUGUGCCAAACAUUUCGAUAUCUUCUCGAACCUUCCAUAUGUGCUCAAGAUUUCAAAAUGUUUCGAAAACGUUAAUAUAUGCCUACAAUUGUAACAAAUUCUCUAACUUUUAUUAUUCGCCGAACGUUUUCCAAAUUAUUAAUUUUAACAUUUCCAAAUAAAAUUGUUUUCUCUCCGUU